AUGGCAACGAACAAUGCAUACCCCAUAUCCUCAAAUUCACGGACAAAAUUGAACGCUUUUCGCUUCCAAGAAGGCGAAGUCGUUCCCGAAGGCGUCAACUCGAAAGACGAGACGAAACCAGUUAAUGGGAGCAAAGAACUCAAAAACUCGGGCCCAAACAGUGUGGCAGAGCUGAUGCAGGCCUCUUCUGACAGAGUAUGCCCUCCGCCGAGCGAAGCUAAAGCACCGGAAGCUCAAGCACAAGAAUCAAGACCGAUUAAAGAAUGCCCUCAGACCCCAGGAAACAGGAUACCUCUGGCAGAUUUGAUCAGCAACGCUGAGGAUUCGUUUGAUCCCGCGCCAGGCCCGGAGGUGACACCAGUCGAUCAUGUCAUCUGGCAGCAUGUGCCUGCCAGCUCGAACCCAGACACCUCGUCCCAGACGCCAGCGGGUCGUCGCAGGAAGCGCCGACACACCCUCUUCAAGACACCGCAACAUGAUAUGGCUGCUGAAUUGUGGAAUAACUACAUGGAUAAAAACAUGGUCGAUGGCCCGGAUGAUCUUCCACCGCCACGAUUCGCGAAUCUUCUUUCCUCAUCGCCCCAGACACCGGGAUCAGGCAGAACAAGCCGAGACUCGUCAGGGCUGAGACGUGCGAUUAGCUGCACUACCGAUUUCCCCACCUCUCGAACAAAACGACGACGAGUCAGCAGGCUAGAUGUUGGUCCCAGUCGCGGCAUUCAACGAACUAGCAGCAAUGUUGAAUCUGGGAGACCUAAGUCCUCAAGGAUCAACUAUCUUGUGGAGAAGAUUGAGAGAAGCAUACACAUGGCCCCUGCUGAUGUGGGUCCACCUGGAUCGUCACCUCUGCGCCAACAUAUGGAUGCGCGAAGGUGUCGAUCGUCUUCACCGACGAAGGACCGUAGGCUUCAUGGGGCCGACAAAGGAACCGCGGAAUCUCCUCCUGCUGUACUGCCUGAGAAAGUAAGACCUGGAACACUGCCUGUUCUUCAAGAGUCAUCUUCCGAGUUCGGAGACGAUGAUCUUGAUCAAGGUCUGAUGGACCUGGCCGACCCCUCGGAGGAUCCUUUCAUUGAGCCGGCACAUGCAUCUAAUGAGUUUGGUUCUCUGGGAUCUUCUGGCUGGGCUACCCUUGACGCAGAAAAAUCUCGUUCAUGGCAGCCCAAAAAGAACUCAAUGCUCGACAGCAAACCUUCCAUACCCAUACCCCAUAACACUACGACUAACGAAACAAAACGCGAUGAAUUCGAUGACUUUGAAGAUGAAUAUGACGAUCUGCCUGCCAACUUGCAGGAAAUACUUGCAAAAUGUGACACAAACCCCGUUCCAGUCAAUUCAUCAAAGCCAACAACCCCUGGGCCAUCCUUGCAAAAGUCAGAUGCUGCGAAUGUCCCAGUGAAUGGUAGCAAGCCUCCAACCGCCGCACCUGUCAAACCUGAGAUGGUAUCAUCGGAUGAUGAGUUUGAUGAUGAUUUUGAUUUGGAAGCCAUUGAGCAAACUAUGAAGCAAGCAGAUGAAGGAGGGCCUUAUAACCUAAAAGGUCGACAAGCUAUCAAACGUUACCAGAUCGUUGACAUCACGAAGAGCACAUAUGUUACUCCGAAAGGACGUACUCAGCCAGAGCAGGUCUUGCUAGUUGAAGACGAGAAGACCCGAGAACGCAAGGUUGUUAUUUUACGAGAUUCAUGGUUUGACACUCCCUGCAGCAAGGACUCGUAUAUCCAUCUGGUCGGGGACUUCAACGCAGCCGGCCAAUGCGUUGUGGAUAAUCUGAACCACAUGAUCAUCCUUCACCCUGACCAUCUCAUUUCUGCUACGGUUGUAGCAGACUCGAUAGACUGCCAGCGGCGAGCUGUCCUUCAAGAUCGAGUCAAAGUCAUUGCCGCACUUGAGCGACCGCAAGCCUUCGGAGUGUUUUUCCACGAAGUCUUUCAAGAAGCCCUCAAAGCGAACCAAUGGGAUAUGGAGUCAUUGAAGACAUUGGUCGAAACUAUUAUGGGCAGACACGUUGAGGAGCUGUACUCGAUCCAAAUGAGUAUCCCUGAAGCUGUUGAAUAUCUCAUGAGCAGGAUGCCUGCUGUUCUCGACUGGGCAGAUGCUUUCUUGCAUGUCAAACCACAGGCCAAGUCUAUGGUUGAAGACCGCAAUAACUCUAAGCUGAACUUGAGUAUUAACAAACUGCUUGAGGUCGAGGAGCACAUCUGGUCGCCAAUGUAUGGCCUCAAAGGUAACAUCGAUGCGACGGUACAAGUUACUUGUCGUGAAGAUAAAAUGGAGAAGAACCUGGUGGUUCCGCUGGAACUCAAGACUGGGCGAAGAGAUACAAACCAGUCACACAGGGCUCAAACAGCUCUCUACACUCUACUCUUGUCGGACCGCUAUGAUCUUGAUUAUCCGGGGGUCCGGCACGAACUACUCCAGAUGAUCCAGGUGCGCAAUCACCUCGCUGGCUAUAUUCGCGAAAGGCAGCAGCUUCCACCGAUGUUGAAGAAAGCUCGUCAAUGUAUUCGAUGCUAUGCUAAGACCCCUUGCCUGAUCUAUCACAAGCUCUCCGAGGAUGGCGAUGGCGAAACCAGCGCACUUGGCGAGGAUUUCGAUGCAGCUGUUGGUCAUCUGAACGAUGGUGAUCGGGACUUCUUCCGUAAAUGGGAUGAACUUUUGACCAAAGAAGAGGGCAAUCUUGUGAAGUUCCGGCGAGAGCUUUGGACAUUGCUGAGCAGCGAGAGAGAAGCCCUGGGCCGAUGCUUCGGGGAUGUCGUUAUCGAUCCUCAUUCUGUGUAUGAGGAAAACACUGGGACAAAGAUAAACCGCUACCAUUAUACGUUCGUCAAAAGACAAGCGCCUCCUGGUUUCUCCUUUGCUGAGUCUCAAAUAUCUGUCGGUGAACCGAUUGUCAUUUCGGAUGAAAAGGGCCAUUUUGCUCUCGCCAAUGGAUACGUGGUGCAUACUAGUUCAUCACACAUCAAGGUUGGCGUGGACCGGAAACUCCACAAUGCGCGAUCAAAGACGGCUGGUUUCGAUGCGGUCACAAAUCAGUCUUUCAGGGGAAUCAUGGAAGUUGGAAAAGAAGAGCCUGCUGCUCUCGAAACCCCAGGCGAGCAGCUCGUUUACCGGAUCGACAAAGACGAGUUUAGCAACGGCAUGGCUAUUGUUCGAAACAACCUCAUCUGUAUGAUGGAUAAAGACUUGUUCCAAGCGAGACAGCUUCGACGGCUUAUUGUUGAGGGGCAAGCUCCCGCCUUCAAGACGACAUCAUCUUCAUACACGAUCUCCGAUCCUGGCAACCUCAACGUGGAUCAGAGACAAGCCAUUGAUAAAGUGAUGAGUGCCAAAGACUAUGCUCUUGUCCUCGGAAUGCCUGGGACUGGAAAAACCACGACCAUUGCCCAUAUUAUUAGAGCCCUUGUCGCACAAGGCAAGAGUGUUCUUCUUACAUCUUACACCCACACUGCAGUUGAUAACAUUCUGUUGAAGAUUCGGGACGACAACAUUCGUGUGCUGCGUAUAGGUGCAACUGCCAAAAUCCAUCCAGAUGUUCAGGAAUUUGCCGACCUUGCCGCAAUCCCGAAAUCAACCAUUGAAGAACUCAAGGAUUCAUACGAAAAGCCGCAGGUCGUUGCUACGACAUGCCUCGGAGUCAACCAUAACAUUUUCAACCAACGCAUCUUUGACUAUUGUAUUGUCGACGAGGCAUCACAGAUCACGCUCCCAGUCUGUCUCGGCCCGAUUCGUAUGGCAAGGACUUUCAUCCUGGUCGGUGACCACUAUCAAUUGCCACCGCUUGUGCAGAAUAAGGCGGCCCAGGAAGGAGGACUUGAUAUCAGUCUCUUCAAACUACUCUCGGACGCACAACCAGAUUCGGUUGUCAAUCUAGAGCACCAGUACCGCAUGUGUGAGGAAAUCAUGUUACUUUCCAAUACUCUGAUCUAUUCGGGCCGUCUCAAAUGCGGCACGCCGCAGGUAGCAGCCCGAUCUUUGGAUAUACCCAACAUUAACGCCCUCGAGAAAUUCCAUGUCGAGGACUUGAGCCAUGCCCCAUCACAGUCACAAGGAGAAAUAUGCCCGGGUACCCCCAGUAGCCCCUGCUGGCUCCGAGACUUACUGACGCCAUCUGCAAAAACGCGCCUGGUCAAUACCGAUCCCAUCGGCCCUGCAGCCCUUGAGAUAGCACAGGGAAACCGAGUCGUGAAUCACAUGGAAGUCUUCCUCUGCUCGCAACUUGUGGAGUCAUUCAUUGCCUCUGGUAUCCCCGCGCGCAACAUUGGUGUGAUCACUUUCUACCGCAGUCAACUCUCGCUCCUUCGCCAGAGCUUGCGACGUCAUACCCCGGAUCUAGAAAUGCACACUACAGACAAGUUCCAAGGUCGCGACAAAGAGGUCAUUAUCCUGAGCUGCGUGCGCAGUAACGCCGAAAACAACGUCGGCGAGCUCCUGCGCGACUGGCGCCGUGUUAACGUCGCCUUCACCCGUGCCCAAACCAAGCUCCUAGUUGUCGGCAGUAGAUCCACUCUCCGCGAUGGUAACGAGCUCCUUUGCAAGUACGUUCGUCUGAUGGAAAGCAAAGGCUGGGUUUAUAAUUUGCCUUGCGGGGCGAUAGACAAGCAUUUCUUCCCUUCUUGUACCACGCAGUCGCAACUCAUGUCUCCGGGUGCGGCCUUGACUCCUAGCUCUGCCAAGGGUAGAGACAAGGGCAAGAACAAAUCGCCUUCUUCCCGCUCUACACGUGAACCACUGAGCCCACUAGGCUCCCGGCAGCCGGCGUCCGGCCUUCGAAGGCCUUCAAAGACAGGUGCGAAGUUGUUUAACGGUACCAAUGUUGUUGGGAAUCGGCCCAUCCUGCGAGACAUAGUGAAUGACUUGACGGGAUAG